AUGCCUCCUAGAUCUUCCAGAAGAAGCCGCCGGCAGAGAGUGGAAGAGCCUCAAGGACGCGACUCCCAGCUGAACCGGAUCAAGAGAGUUACAGAAUCUCUGAUCAACAACGAAGCACGUCUGAAGGCUGCUAUAUCCAAUGAGGACACCGAAGACGCCAUCGUUGCACAGUCCGAGGUCGUCGACAGAGACAGAGUGAGACUGUUUGCUACCAUUGAGGAGUUGGCACAAAGGCCUGAGCAAUCACCUCCUCCACCACAGCUCGUUUUCGACAGCAACCAGAGGGCUCUCACUCGCGAGAUUUUGGAGCUGGUCGAGCAAGCACAGAACGGUGGACCCGACUCAAAGGAUCGCAUCGUCACCAGCUUGAGAACACUUAGCUCCAGCAUCGAAUCACAGGAUCCAACCCCUGUGCUGGACGUGCCUGUAUACAAGGCGCAAGAUUACACCCAGAUGUGGCAAAGAGACGUUCUGCCAAGAGGUGACAUCGUGAGAGUUGAGGCUCGCCUCCCCGAACAGCCAGAAGGAUUCUGGGAGCUUCCGAACGCUCGAUCAUUUGUUCUGCCCAGUGAAAGAGAUGCCCGCAAGGACGAGCUUGCAACAUUUGAUCAGCAAAGAGAUGAAAUGGCUAGACAGAGGGCUGAGAUAGCCAGACAAAGGGUCGAGUUGGCCAGACAGGAAGCAGAGCUCAACGAGAGAGAAGCUGCAGUUCUUGCAAGAGAGCAAGCUGCAGUUCUUGCAAGAGAGCAAGCUGCACAGGCUGAACACGGUGACGGCAGUGUCGCCGGCGAGCCAGGUAAACGCCCUUCAUCAAUGGAGCUGCUCAGGACUCCCAAGAAGCCUCGCACUGAUGCCGGCCAUUUGAGCAGCUCAGAGGAACAGGAGGGAGUUGCCGAGCGACCAGCUUUUACGAGUGAGGAUCAGAGAGUGACUCUGCUGCCACCACUGAAAGCGGAUAUCAAGAUGGAGGACAUCGAGGACGUCAAAUACAAUCCAGCAGACCUUGAAGAUAGCUAG